AUGGAUAAAAUCCAGGAGCGGGUGUUAGAAGCAACAAUUGCGGAUACUGAUGUGGGUCAAGGUAAGCAAGAACAUAUACCUCCUCCUACUAACAGCAAGAAUAAUCCAGCAAAACCAUCAUUAUACAAUAUGACUGCUACGGCUGAGAUAGCCAUGCUGAAACCGUCCGGAAAUGAUGCGGUUGAGGCAAAAAUGAAAACAUCGAGCAGUACAUGGGCUAAAAGUUCCAACAAAUUGGAGUACCUCUUCUAUAAAACACUGCUUACCAUACUGUAUAUGAUCUACGCGUGUGUUAGGUAUGCGAAAUACCAAUACAAUAGAACCAAAAUCCAAAUUUUGAACCUUGCUUAUAGUCCGUCCAACACACCUCAACUCAUCAGACAGGAUGUCUUGAAAUUUCAAAAACUUCCUAAGCGCCUAGCUACAAUACUCGAAUUCAAGUCUGAAGGAGAUGUCGGUGGAGGUUUAGGUGGUCUUAUCAACGAUGGCAGUGAGCUAGUGACGUGGUCCAUUUCCGCCGGUAUAAAGCACUUAACCUUGUACGAUUAUGACGGUCACCUCAAAAAGAACGUAGACGAAUUUAGAAAAGGAAUCCACCAUAAACUCUCGAAAUAUUACGGGCCAUCAAAUGUUCCAAAAUUUGCUAUAAGGAUACCACAAUGGAACAAGGUUUAUUUCAACUUGCCGGGUACUGCGCCAUCAGAUCCUGAUUCUAAGAAAGUCGCAUUGGAAGUUUCUCUUUUAUCCAAUCGCGAUGGUAGGGAGACAAUUGUUGACCUUACCAAAACCAUGGCUGAUCUUUGCGUCAACAAUGAGAUGAAACUCAGUGAUAUUACCAUGAAACUGGUAGACUCAGAGCUUACCCAACUAGUAGGUCCUGAGCCGGAUCUCCUUCUAUAUUUUGGCCCGAGCUUAGAUCUACAAGGAUUCCCCCCAUGGCAUAUACGUCUCACCGAGUUUUACUGGGAGGAGGACAAUGACCAAGUGACUUAUUCCGUUUUCAUUAGGGGGUUGAAGAGCUAUUCCACCUGUAAAAUUAACGUUGGAAAAUAG